GUUUGAAUGAGUUAGGCCGAUAAAAACCGAGCCGUCAUGUGUCGGUCCCUCCCUCUUCCCUUCUGUCCGUCGGCUAGGCUGCUGCAGAACUCAACGUCCCCGGAACAAAACACAAGAAAACAACCAUGUCUGAGAAACUUAACUUCAAAGUCGCUGACAUCAGCCUGGCUGAAUGGGGACGCAAGGCCAUCGAUAUCGCUGAGAACGAGAUGCCCGGUCUGAUGAAGAUGAGGGAGAUGUACGGUCAGUCUAAGCCCCUGAAGGGCGCCCGUAUCGCCGGCUGCCUCCACAUGACCCUGCAGACCGCCGUGCUCAUCGAGACCCUCACCGCCCUCGGAGCUGAGGUUCAGUGGUCCAGCUGCAACAUCUUCUCCACUCAGGACCACGCUGCUGCCGCCAUCGCCAAGUCUGGUGUUCCAGUGUUUGCAUGGAAAGGUGAGACCGAUGAGGAGUACGUGUGGUGCAUCGAGCAGACUCUGUACUUCAAAGACAAACAGCCCCUCAACAUGAUCCUGGACGACGGAGGAGACCUCACCAACCUGGUCCACCAGAAGUACCCCAAACUGCUGGCAGGUAUCCGUGGAGUGUCAGAGGAGACCACCACAGGCGUCCACAACCUGUACAAGAUGUUUAAGAAAGGCGAGCUGAAAAUGCCUGCUAUCAACGUCAACGACUCUGUCACAAAGAGCAAGUUCGACAACCUGUACGGCUGCAGGGAGAGUCUGAUUGACGGCAUCAAGCGUGCCACCGAUGUGAUGAUCGCCGGUAAAGUCGCUGUGGUUGCUGGAUACGGUGAUGUGGGCAAAGGCUGCGUUCAGGCUCUGCGUGGGUUCGGAGCUCGCGUCAUCGUCACAGAGAUCGACCCCAUCAACGCCCUGCAGGCCGCCAUGGAGGGUUACGAGGUCACCACCAUGGACGAGGCUUCCAAGGAAGGAAACAUCUUCGUCACCACCACCGGCUGCGAGGACAUCAUCCUGGGACAUCACUUUGAGAACAUGAAGGACGACGCCAUCGUCUGUAACAUUGGACACUUUGACUGUGAGAUCGACAUGAACUGGCUGACCAAGAAUGCCGCCGAAAAAAUCAACAUCAAACCUCAGGUCGAUCGCUUUCUGUUGAAAAAUGGUCGUCACAUCAUCGUCCUGGCUGAAGGCAGACUGGUGAACCUCGGCUGUGCCAUGGGACAUCCCUCCUUCGUCAUGAGCAACUCCUUCACCAACCAGGUUCUGGCUCAGAUCGAGUUGUGGAAAAACACAGAAAAAUACCCCCUCGGAGUCCACUUCCUGCCCAAGAAGUUGGAUGAGCAGGUAGCAGCCGCUCACCUGGACAAACUCGGGGUGAAGCUCACCAAACUGUCAGACAAGCAGGCCAAGUAUCUGGGUCUGCCCACCGAAGGGCCCUUCAAACCGGACCACUAUCGCUACUGAGCGCCCCCGCCCAGCUGAGGAAGAGGAGGAGGAGAAGAAGAGAGAAGGUGUGGAUCAGAGGGUGUUGUGUUUUGGGGAGUUUAGCUUGCUUUGCUACCAAAUACUGUAAUUUCAGGGAUACAGAGAAAUGAUUGUGGACUUUUUACAAGCUUUCUGCGGAGAAGACUCUGAAAAUGUGUUUUACGAGUUAAAAUCCGACACCUUGUUCUGCUUAACUAACCUGAGAUCAAACAGAAAUCUGCCACACAGCUGGAGCAGGCCAUAAAAACCAGUUCUGACCCAUAGCUUCCGUUUUAUAGCAGCUUUUUGUUUGUGGAUUUUCAGGAAGCUGCAAAAGAGUUGUUAAAGGUUCAGAAACAAACUCCUGUGUAUUAUCCAACCCUGAAGCUCCUCGUAGGUCGAGUCGCCUCCCUCCAACAUCGAUAUCUUCAGUUCUCCACCUUCUCUUGUCUUUCUUUCUCGUCCUCUGGAACACCAUCAAGUGCUACCGCGGCUGUAUUU